AUGUUCUGGAAUAAGAAGCCCCAAUCUACAACCGAAGAAUUCUUUCCCUUUGUCGUUCCUCUACAAUCAUGGGACGUACUAUUCGGAUCUGAAUAUAAGAAUUUGAAUUCCACCGAUUUUGCCAGAAGCAACAAGGUUGCAAUUGAUGUCGAAGAUCAAAGGGAUAUUUCGGACUACUACUUUAUCAAUAUCGUUCUACGCGGCGAAUUUGCCAACAUUUGCGGCGCUGUGACCGAAAUUGUCAAGCUUGUCAAUUCCAGUGAUACCAAAAAAUUUGGUGAGAAAUUUCGCGUGUAUUACCCAGUUACGGAAAUUCAUGCUCCUUAUAUAAUUAAUGACCAACGAUUGGAAAAGAUUCAACACAAAGUUAAGUGUGAGAGCGAGCUUGUUCGUUUCGAAAAAAAGUUGUCUACGUCGAUAUAUGUUUGCUUCUAUGGCGACAUAUUAAAAUUGAUGAAAGCUUGUCUUCAACUUCGUGAUGCGCUCAUCUAUUAUGACAAGUACCAGUUUGAGGUCGAUGAAGAGAUUCGUCUUGAAGAAGCGCGUCGCAAAUUCAUUCAGAAGCAAAACAAGCGUGCUGCUAAAAUUGCUCAGCGACGUUGGCACGAUGUUUCAAAAUAUUAUGACGCAUUCAUUCGAUUAUUUAUCGACCAACAGGUCCAAUCGUUCAACGGCAGACUUGCCGUCACGUUGAAAGACUAA